UACCGAGGUUCGUCAUACGCGGAAGACGACCGGAGAUCGAGUCAACUAAUUAGAUAAGCACGAUGAUGCUAGAUAUAGGCCAAUCCAGUCAUACCGAGGAACCUGUGUUUCUCCAUUCGAUAUUUGUCUGCGUUGGUACAAAAGUAGAGCCCCUCGCAAAAAGCCCCUCGCCUUAUUAGAGUGCAUUAUCCCCUUACAGAAGGUCCCUUGCCGUGCAAGAGUGGCAAUUGCCCCCUCACGGUACCCACUACUCACCCUUGCAUAUGUGCGGUGCGAGGUCAAACGGUUAUAAACUUCGACAAUUCACCGGAGAAAGCCACCACGCACUACAGAUUACGCACAAGACAUCCAGAGAGUAAACAAGAUGAAGGACUCAAAGCCAAACCUCUAUUCCACCGACGCUGUCGCCGAAGCCGUGACCACAUAUUCGGAAAGACAAUCUCUGGACCUACCGCAGUGGCUUCUGGACUACCACGCCGAGAUUGUCAAGAACAACUCGAACAGCAACCUCAUGAUCUCAACCUACCAGGCACGAGCACUCGUCUGGCUGGCCCGGCUAAUGGAUGCCCAGCGAGUCCUCGAAAUCGGCGUCUACCUAGGCUUCUCCUCCAUGGUCUGGUCGCACGCCGUGGGGCUCACGGGGAAGGUGACGGGCCUCGAGUUCAGCCCGGACUACGCCUCGAGGUCCAAGGCGGCCUUCCGGGCCAACUCGCUAUCCAACAUCACGCUGCACGUCGGUGACGGGCUGCAGACGCUGCCGGCGCUGGACCCGGCGGAGCCGUACGACGUCGUCUUCAUCGACGCCCAGAAGUCCGGGUACCCGGCGUACCUGCGGGCGGUGUUGGAGCUGUCGCCGCCGGGUGGCAGCAGGAGGCUGCUGAGAAGGGGCGGGCUGAUCAUCGGGGACAACGCGCUGCGGAAGGGCUUGGUGGCCGACGACUCGGAGGCUAACCCGUACCGGUCGGCGGCGGCGGCGGAGGAGAAGGAGGAGGGCGAGGAGUACAGGGGACAACGCUCGGAUGUGGGGAAGGUGCGAGAGUUCAACGAUGCGGUCAAGGCCAGUGCGCGGUUGGAGGCCUUCUUGUUGCCGUUGUGGGAUGGGCUCAAUCUGGCCAGGUUGGUGGAUUAGAUGUUUGCCACAGUCGAGACUUGGUCGGCUUGUCAGGUGUUCCUUCCCUAUGGGGAUGCAUCCAGCUUCGUCAAGCUACAUCCUAUAGUCCUGGAUACUGCCUGGUCCGUGGUCACAGUUGCACUAUCAUUACGUUAUGAUAUCGAUUAGUUGAAAUACAGAGCCAGAUAGGCCAUAGUCUUGAGCAAGCUUCUGCAGUUUUGCUUCUGUAAUCUUGCUUCUGCGGUAUCUUCCUUCGACAAAGGUACCACUCAUUAUCACACAUAGUGAGUAUUGAACAGU